AUGAAGAAAAGUCCUGGUCUCUCUGACUACCUUUGGGCCUGGACCCUCUUUCUGAGCACAUUGACUGGAAGAAGCUAUGGACAACCCUCAUUACAAGAUGAACUUAAAGACAACACCACUGUCUUCACCAGGAUUUUGGACCGACUCCUAGAUGGUUAUGACAAUCGCCUGAGACCGGGAUUAGGAGAGCGUGUAACUGAAGUGAAGACUGACAUCUUCGUCACCAGUUUUGGACCCGUUUCAGACCAUGAUAUGGAAUAUACAAUAGAUGUAUUUUUCCGUCAAAGCUGGAAGGAUGAAAGGUUAAAAUUUAAAGGACCUAUGACAGUACUCCGAUUAAAUAACCUAAUGGCAAGUAAAAUCUGGACUCCGGAUACCUUUUUCCACAAUGGAAAGAAGUCAGUGGCACACAACAUGACCAUGCCGAACAAGCUCCUGCGCAUCACAGAGGAUGGCACUUUGCUGUACACCAUGAGACUGACGGUGAGAGCCGAGUGUCCAAUGCAUUUGGAGGAUUUCCCUAUGGAUGCCCAUGCCUGCCCUCUAAAAUUUGGAAGCUAUGCUUAUACAAGAGCAGAAGUUGUUUAUGAGUGGACCAGAGAGCCAGCACGCUCAGUGGUUGUAGCAGAAGAUGGGUCACGCCUAAACCAGUAUGAUCUUCUUGGACAAACAGUAGAUUCUGGAAUUGUUCAGUCUAGUACAGGAGAGUAUGUUGUUAUGACCACUCAUUUCCACCUGAAGAGAAAGAUUGGAUACUUUGUUAUUCAAACAUACCUGCCGUGCAUAAUGACAGUUAUUCUCUCCCAAGUCUCAUUCUGGCUCAACAGAGAGUCUGUGCCAGCGAGGACGGUCUUUGGAGUCACAACUGUGCUCACCAUGACAACUUUGAGUAUCAGUGCCAGAAAUUCCCUCCCUAAGGUGGCUUAUGCAACUGCUAUGGAUUGGUUUAUUGCAGUGUGCUAUGCCUUUGUAUUCUCAGCUCUGAUCGAGUUUGCCACAGUAAACUAUUUCACCAAGAGAGGUUAUGCAUGGGAUGGGAAAAGUGUGGUUCCAGAAAAGCCAAAGAAAGUGAAGGACCCUCUUAUUAAGAAGAACAACACUUAUGCUCCAACAGCAACCAGCUACACCCCUAAUCUGGCCAGGGGUGACCCCGGCUUAGCCACCAUUGCUAAAAGUGCAACCAUAGAACCAAAAGAAGUCAAGCCAGAAACAAAACCACCAGAACCGAAGAAAACCUUUAACAGUGUCAGCAAAAUUGACCGACUGUCAAGAAUAGCCUUCCCGCUGUUAUUUGGAAUCUUUAACUUGGUCUAUUGGGCAACAUACUUAAACAGAGAGCCUCAGCUAAAAGCCCCCACCCCCCAUCAAUAG